AUGUUCACUAGGCAGCUCGUGAACCGUGACCCGCCGGAGUGGUGCCGCGUCAGUCCACUCCACUCCACUCCACGUAAGAUCCCCUCGUGUUCUCUCCUCGCCCGUGAUCGAGCAUUCGAGCUCCUUAAAUCCCCCUCCCCUGCCUUUUCGCCUGCCCCGCACACCAAACCUCGCCACGCCGCUCCAGCUCCCCGAUCAUCGUCCAGUCACCACCGCGCCGGCAUUGUUAGCUACUGGCCGUGCGUGGCAUCGGCGCGCGCCCGAUGCCGCCCAUGCUCCUGGGCCGCACAUCCACUCCGGCUCCGGCUCCUGCUCUGCAUCGCCACCGUGGCCGCAGUGGCGUCGGGCGUGGACGGGCACACGCGUGGCGUGCGGCCCAGGAGGGUGGCGGGCCGGCCGUUCACGGAGAACGCGACGCGGGCGGAGGAACUGGAGCGGAUGUUCAUGCGGUGGGUGCGGUGCGUGGGCGGCCUCAAGCACAGCACGUUCCAACACGCGCCGCUCGCGCGCGCCUUCCCGUCCUACUCGCUCGUCGUCGACAAGGACCCUGCGGCCGGCGGCUUCACGUCCGUCCAGGCCGCCGUCGACUCGCUCCCGACCAUCAACCUCGUCCCCGUCGUCAUCAAGGUCAACGCCGGCACCUACACGGAGAAGAUGACAAUAUCGUCCAUGCGCGCGUUCAUCACCCUGGAGGGCGCUGGCGCCGACAAGACGAUUGUGUAGUGGGACGACACGGCGGACACGCCCGCCGGGCCGAUGGGGCGCCCGCUCGGCACGUACGGCUCGGCGUCGUUCGCCGUGACAUCCCCAGGAACAUCACCUUCAAGAUGGCUGAGCUGGAUCUCAAUGAAUUCCCUGAUGACUUCGAUGAUUGUGAUGGAGGCCCGCUGUACUGUACACAAGUCCCAGAUGGAAAAAUGCCUAUUUCUAUCGAGGGGGUAGGCGAGUCGCCAGAUUUGCGUUCUGCUCCUGUCCAAGAUGUCCUCAGUGUGGAGUUCCGUGUUGCAGCUGCUGCUGCUAUUAGUGCGUCUGAUGCAACGGCAACUGAAACUGUCGCGCCCGCCCCUGCCGUGUUCAGCAGGGCUUUAACUCUGCCAAGCCAUGGUGGGCAAGUUCAUACAGGUGGCGCUGGCUUGUUUGGUUUUGUUGUGAACGAGGUGCGAUCUAGCCCACAGGAACCUUAUGUUGGCAUGGAGUUUGACACGCUUGCAGGUGCUAAGACGCGCUACAAUGCCUACGCUCUGAAAAUUGGGUUCUCAAUGAAAGCCAGCACGUCAAGGAGGUCUGCCUGCACUAAUGUGCUUGAGAAACAGACCUUUUGUUGCAACAAGUCUGGGAAGCCUAAAAUCAAAAUGAUGAUGUCUACACCCCUAUGCUUAAAAAACUAAGUUCAGAUUCUGAGGACUGGCGAUGGGCAAGAUGUUGGCAGUAAGCGCAUGCAGGUUGUAGCUCUUAUAAAUCUCCAGGGAGCCUUCUUAAGAAGAGGAGAAGAGAGUUUAUCAAACAGACCAACUGUCCAGCAGAAAUGACAGUCAAGCUAAAUAAUAAUAAGUAGGUGGUCACAGGUGUUGUUGCUGACCACAAUCAUGGACUGACUGACAAGCCGUCUCUCCCUAAGUACCUAUGUAAUAGGCGAGUUUGGUUGGACGCGGUCUUCGGCGACUUUUUGGGGGUGACUUCGUAGUGGU